UAGGAUAGAAUAUUAUAAUUUUUAUAUAAAAACAAACAAUGAUAUCCAGUUGAUUGGUAUUCUUAUAUAAAAGAUCACACACAAUUUUUUUUUUUUCUGUUAUAGAUAAUUGCUCCACACAGUUGAUAUCAUAUGUAAUCAAAUUUGUGGAAUUCAUAUGCAGAUAAGCUUCCGCAACGAAGGCCUAUUCCAUUUCACAAAGCAGAGAGGAAAUCUUAUUCAUCUUUCUUAUCCUUUUAUUUUCCUCCUUCUUGACACAUAACAGGCGAGAAGGCGAAUCAAGUUUUUCUAGAAAUGAAUGUGAAAGGAAUCAUGGAUGGAACUGGAGCUGGGAACAUCAAUUGGGUUGUUAAGGAAGAUAUCAAUCUCAAUCGUGAUGUCUGUGAUUCAAUAUCCAUUGGAUCUAACUCAGAAGAUUCAAUGAACUCUGUGUGUUCAUCUUCUUCAUCAGAGUUGGCUGAGGAUGCAUCCUCUUUGUCAACCUCAUCUUCAUCAUCACAUUCAAAUAGCCCUUUAUAUGAACUAUCAGAGCUCAUGAACCAUCUUCCUUUAAAGAGAGGAUUGUCUAUGUUUUAUCAAGGGAAGGCACAGUCUUUUACUUCAUUAGCAAGGGUGCAGAGCAUAGAAGAUCUUCCUAAGAAAGACACACCCUACAGAAAGAAAAUGAAGUCAUGCAAAAGCUACGGGGGAGGCUUGGAUAGACACAGAAUAUCGUACACUCCAAAGGCUACAAUAUCAAAGAAAACUUCAAGAAGACCUUUUGUAUCUGUAUUGAGAGGGAGUUUCCUGGGAGAGUCUAGACCUUUUUUUCCUGUACACAAGAACUUUUGAAAUCCAACCUUGUCAGAACUUGUUUAUUUCAUGCACAAAAUGGGGAAAAUUUUGAAUCCCUCACUUUCAGCUUCUGAGAUAAAGUAAUACUAUUAAUUUUUCCACAGA